AUGCAAGAAACAAACAACUUAUUUAACAAAUUGUCUCGAUUACAUUUAAAAUGUAGUAACAACAAGUUUAAACGUGACAUAACUAUUACGACACAAAUUCAAGUUAAGAUUAUUAAUUUGGUUAGGACUUUCCACAAAAAGAAUUCACCCUAUUCUCUUUUCAGUAGUCCUUUUCAUUUUCACCAUUACCAUGACAACAUGGGCUUGCCAAAGCGAGAUUCAGCGUCUCCACUUGGCGAUCCAAUUAAAGAGAGUACGGAGUGUAAAAACCACAGAAGAGAGCAAGCCGAAAGCGUUCAGGUGGAGAGCAAAUUCGACGAAAAACGAUUGGAUGGCCACCUUAAACAUCCGGAAAAGGCAUUUAAAAAGUUUGCCCUACUUAAACAAAUUGAUGUUACUAAAUUAUGGGUGGUUAAGCUAUUAGCAAAGGUCUUGGCAACCAUGACUGAUCAGCAUCUAUUAGUUAGCAACAAGUUAAUUGUUGCCCUAACCAGAAGACCCAAAGAUGAAGACUUUGAAGUAGGGAUCCGCAUUAAUUUAGUUCUGGUUACGGAUUUUUCCUACGGGACUUUACUGGUCAUUGGAGCUUCAGUCGGCCUGCUCGCAGUGGUUGCAUUUGUGACAACCUCAUGCCGCAAAAAGAAGGACUCGUCAGUCAAGUACGUGUUCCAUUUAUUUUACUUAAAAAAUGGCUUUUGUAAUAAAUUUUGUGAAGUCACUUCUGAUAUUCCCAUAAGUAAAUGGUGGCAGUUUGACCACUUCCAAGAUCUCAAAAUGUUAACUAACCUGUGUUUGGUUUUGACAGAGUAUAUAUUUAUAAAUGAUACCUUAGGUAGGCAUGGAGUUUGUUCCAACUUUCCUGUGGAGACUGAAAUAAACAAUUCGGAAGUAAAUAAAGGCAGAAGACAAUGUCAAUCCACUCAGAUAAUGAAAACAAUCAGCAGAUUCCAAGGUAUGUUAUUUUUACCAUAG